UCGAUUCAAUACCACAUAUCGAUUUUAAAAUAUUUUUGUAAAUAUAAAAAAUAUAUAUCGAUUCUUCGAUUAAUCGAUUUUAGAUCGCCAUCCCUACUGCAAAUGGUCACUUUCGCUAUUCCCUUAAACCAUUUGCCUGUCGUUUGUCGUCGGGUUAUUGUUUGGUGUAUAAUUCUUAUUGGUUUAUUUUACAGUUUAGUGGUGCUGUGUCUGAUAAAUCUGAUUGUGAUAUAUAAUAUAUUAUGGAGGAAUAUGCGAGAGAACCAUGUCCCUUCAGGAUUGUUGAUGAUUGUGGAGGUGCUUUUGCAAUGGGUUGCAUAGGAGGUGGUAUAUUUCAAGCAAUAAAAGGAUUUCGAAAUGCUCCAUCUGGAUUCAAUAAGCGCAUGGUUGGAAGUUUAACUGCUGUCAAGCUCCGCUCUCCAGUGAUUGCAGGAAAUUUUGCAGUUUGGGGAGGAAUGUUUAGCACUAUUGACUGCACAUUGGUGCAUUUUCGGAAAAAGGAAGAUCCAUGGAAUUCAAUUAUAAGUGGAUUUACAACAGGUGGAAUUUUAGCUGCAAGAAAUGGUAUACCUGCAAUGGCUGGAAGUGCUAUAAUUGGUGGAGUGUUGCUGGCUUUAAUUGAAGGAGUUGGAAUUUUAUUCACCCGUCUUUCUGCAGAGCAGUUUCGGAAUCCUACGCCUCCAGUUGAUGACCCCAUAGCACUAGGCGAUGCUACACAAUCUUUAGGUUUUGGGCAGACCCACCAACAUCAGUCGCAAUACCAGUGAAAACGUGUUCAUGUAUCAUGCUUAUGAAUAUGAAUAACGGUGUAAAUUUAUUUUAAUACGUUUCAACAAACCAUAACAUUUAGGAAAUAAUAAAAAUCAGGAAGUAUGACGUUAUAUUUAAAUGUUAUGUUUCAAUUGACAUCUGUAAUGUUCCAAUGAUAAUAUCAAAUAAAUUGAGAUCGAAAUAAG